CGGGCGUCUGCCGCUGCGGGCAGCACUCGUCGCCAGCGGCUGGACUUAGGACAGGGAAUUCGCCCUGCCAACCUUCCGUCGCCCCCGCCCUCCCGCCGUCCCUCAAGGCCGAGGGCAGACACGUCCUCCUCCCCCUUCUCCUCCUCUUUGGAGCCUCCAGCCAGGAGGCGGGAGUGACCCACAGCAGCUGACCCAGCGCAGGCACUGCCUCCCCACAGCCCUCCAGACACACCAUGGGCCCAGAGGCGGGUUUGGUGCACAGCAGCGACGACGCAGGCGGCGGCCCCGGCGACUCUCAACUGCCUCCCUGACCACCGUGACCACCGCCCAACACCCCCGAGGAGCCAUCGUCACCACCAUCUGGACAGCACAGGGGCCACAAAGCCAUCUUUACGGCCGACUCCAGCUACGUCAACAACAAUGGCGGGCGAGGGGCGGCGGGCGGAGCCGGUGUGGCAAGGAUGGGGUGUGUACGUCACGCCCAGGGCCCCCCUCCGAGAGGGAAGGCCCCGGCUCGCCCCUCAAAAUGGCGGCGGCAGUGGCGCGCCUGCGUACGGAAGUGCGUCGCGCCAGGGCCGGCGGGAAGUGAGGUUCUCCGAAGAGCCGCCAGAAGUGUACGGCGAUUUCGAGCCCCGGGUGACCCAAGAAAGGUCCCCGGGAGGAAAACGAACCUCGCUAGAAGUGUUCCGGCCCGAUUCUGCGAAAGAGGAAGUGAGAGGAAGCGCCUACUACCUUCGGUCUAGGCAGCGGAGACAGCCGCGACCCCAGGAGGCCGAGGAGAUGAAGACUCGAAGGGCUGCCCGACUGCAGCCGCAGGACUCACAGCAGCCUCCGCUGCAGACGUCUCCGGUUACGACCAGGAGAGGGCUGCGGGACUCUCCUUCCUCUGAAGAGGAUGAACCAUCUUCCCAAACUGUUUUAAGCCAAACAGUCUCAAAGAAAACUUUCAGGAGAACACAAGAGGCUCCAGUGGUGAGAGACGAUCCUGUAAUCAGCCUAUGUAGACCCCCUCUGAGAAGCCCAGGAUCUGAUCCGGCGUACAAAACAAGUGGAAAUACCGAAAUGAGUGAAUUAGAAGCCACCAGCGUCCAACAGAAGGUCAACUUCUCUGAAGGAGGAGAAACUGAGGAAGAUGAUCAAGACAGCUCUGACAGUGAUGUCGCUACUCUUAAGGUCAGAUCCAGGGAUUCCGAUGAGUCUGGAGAUCAAACCACCAGAUCAUCUGGCCGAUAUCAAGAAUCGUUUUGGCAGUCAUCACAAAGUCAAGACUUCAGAGCUCAUAAUAAGCAACCUUCAGUGCUGACCUCAGGAUAUCAAAAGCCCUCUCAAGUAUGGGCCCAACAGACUGCAAGAAUAAGGAGUAGGAUGCAGACACCUUCACCAGGCAAGAGUUCAGUGUGUGGCAGUUUUUCAGAUGAUGACAGCAUUCAGAAAUCAGAGCCUGGAAACCAGUCUCCAUCAACCUCCAGCCAACAAUUGACUAGACAACCCAAAAAUGUAUCUUUUGUCAAGAUCAAGUGGUGGUGGCUGCUUUUCCUAAUAGCUCCUCUUGCCUUUGGGAGUCUUUGGUUCUUUCGUACUCCUGACGUAGAAGCCUCCGCUGCUGUUCAAGAGUUCCAGAACCAGAUGAACCAACUUAGGAAUAAGUACCAAGGCCAAGAUGAGAAGCUGUGGAAAAGGAGCCUCACGUUCCUGGAAAAACAUCUUAAUAGCUCCCACCCCCGGCCUCAGCCUGCCAUCUUGCUGCUCACUGCUGCCCGAGACGCUGAGGAAGCACUUAAAUGUCUGAGUGAACAAAUCGCUGACGCUUAUUCUUCCUUCCGUAGCGUCCGUGCCAUCCGGAUUGACGGGGCGAGCAAAGCUGCUCAGGACAGUGACACUGUCAAACUCGAGGUGGAUCAGGAACUGAGCAGCGGAUUCACAAAUGGCCAGAACGCAGCCGUGGUGCACCGCUUUGAGUCGCUGCCCGCAGGCUCUGCUCUGAUCUUCUAUAAAUACUGCGACCACGAAAAUGCAGCCUUCAAAGAUGUAGCUCUAGUACUGACUGUCUUGUUGGAGGAGGAGACACUCGGAACCAGUCUAGGCCUAAAGGAAAUUGAAGAAAAAGUGAGAGAUUUCCUCAAAGCCAAGUUCACCAGCUCUAACACACCCGACUCCUACGAUCACAUGGACCCAGACAAACUGAACGGGCUCUGGAGCCGCAUUUCUCACCUGGUCCUGCCCGUGCAACCCGAAAAUGCCCUGAGAAGGGGCAUCUGCCUAUAAGGGGUGAGAAAAGAGAAAAUCGUGUCUCAAGUUCUGAGAAUGUUUCAGACUUCCUAACCAGAGACAGGAUUCAGAGCUCUUUUUGAGAGAACUGGUUUCCUUUUAAAGGAAGUUAAGUUCUUUCUGUAAACGUGGAACAUCUAAGUCGUUUAUCCAACCUAA